UCCAAAGAUAGAAGGAUUAAAUCUUUGAAAGGGUACAAGGUAGGUAACUAUUACUUAUGAAUAUUAUCUUUGUAUAGAUUUAUUGUUCUCUUUUUGCCAUUUUAAUGUUGAGUAGGACAUCUUUUGUGAUCCUCUUUUUCAAUACUGCAAAUCUCAAAAUGGAAACAGGGCAUGGAUCUUAACUCUUUCUGAAUUUUUUUCUAAUUUACACUGUCAUUUAUUCUCUUCAGCGGGCUAUAGUUACAACUGAAGACAAUCCAAAUAAUAAGUUUGGUGGAGCUUCGAUGAUAGCUGCUAUAUACAAUCCUAGUAGUAUAGGUCAACAACAUAGUGCAUGUCGAUUGAAACUUAUUAAAGGAAAAAGUAUUAUACAAACGGGUUGGAGAGUAAGUCAAAUCAACUCCUUCAAUUUGUGAAUAAUAUAUGUUCCCUUGGUGCCUAUACAUCAAAACACCCCUGAACUAUACCCGAAAUGUCGAUAUCACACCUAAACUAUACGAGCGACCUAUUACACACCUUAAUAUCUUAAAAGUGAAUUAAAUUACCCCUCCACAGACCAAAACCCCCAAUCAGUGAAUGGCGUGGGUGACACUCGCCCUUGGGUGAAGCCACGUAUUAAAUGAACUGAUUUAUUUUAUAAUCACGUCAUUAUAAUAUAUUUAACAUAAUAAACCCAUUUUAAUACCCAAACCCAUUUUUAACCCCCCAAACCCAUUUCAAAUCACCCAAACCCACCCAAACCCACACACAUCAGACGCCCAAAUCCUAAUUCAAGAAAACCAAACGACACCACAAACAACAAAUCGUUCAAUAUUGGUCCUAAAUCAUAUAUUUUUUUAGUUUACCUGCUCAAUAUUGUCUGAUUUCAUAGAGUUUUUUAGUUUUUCUUCAUCCUAAACCUAUAAUCGAAGUGUUGGUGAUUUUUUGAACUUGGACGAUUCGAAGUUGGCUUUUUUGUUGACGUUUGGAGGACAAACAUCGGCUGUGUUACUAAAAGGUUAGUCCCUUGUCUCAUUUUGUUUCUGUAUUGUGCAAUUAGAACUAGGGUUUUUUUGCGUCUUUAAUUUUUUCUGCAAAUUUACAAUGUAAAUGACUGGGUAAAUGUUUGAAUAUGUAAAUGUCGAUUUGGUUGUUGUGUAUUUCAUUGACUAUGAAAUUGAAGUAUUUGUACUGUUUUCAGGUCGAAAUAUGUCUUAUGAACUGAUUACUUUGCGAUUUUACCAUGGUGGUAAUUUAACGACUGGCAAAAAACCCUACGUUGGUGGACAAGUAACUGAAUUUACACGUAUGGAUUUAGAUAGGUUUUGUUACUUUGAAUUUCUUGAUUGUGUGAAAGAAUUAGGGUAUGACCCUGGUAAAUGCACCAUUUAUGUUAAAUUUGUCGACAGUGUGGUAUUGGUAGAAAUCAAAUGUGAUAGGGAUACAACCCGAGUUACUGCAUGUUUGGGGGAUGGGGAUAUUUUGGAGGCUUUUGUGUGUCACAUGGUUGAAGAGCCCCUAGUGGUCCCACCCUUAUUAGAAUAUGUAACCCAUAUGGAGGGGGAAAGUGAUGUUUCUUUUGAUAAAGUGACUGGUCAAGACAUUGGGGGUAGUGGUGUUUCAUCUUUUGAUGCCUUUGAUACUGAUUUAGAGCCAUUCAAUGAACCUCCUUUUGAACCAACUCAAAAUACUUCCCCUCUCCAACCUAACUCUCCAAGUUCUGUCCCUUGUACUCCUCCAACUGUUGACAAUACUGAAUCAAAUCUUGCUUCUAAUACUACUGCUGCUGCAUCAAAUUCUGCCCCUAAUACUACUACUGAACCAAAUCCUGCCCCUAGCACUACUGCUGCUGCAUCAAAUCCUGCCCCUACUACUACUAAUGAAUCUAUUCGUGCCCCUCAUACCACUGUUGAAUCUUCACAAACUAGGGUUGUCCCUGAUUUUUCUGAAACUGGUAGUGAUUUAGAUUCAUACCUAGAUGGAUUGUUUGAUGAAGGAGAAGUACAUAGUAAGAGUGAUGUAGAUGAGGAGCUAAGGGGUUUUAGGGAGGAAAAGAGAGCUGGAAAAAGAAAAAGAAAAAGAAGGAAGAGGGGUGAAAGAGCUCCUGUCCCUGAACAUGUUAAGUUAGGUUCAGGACCAAAAGGGCCAGAUGUGGGGUAUGAUGAAUCUGAAGGUGCUAGUAGAGACACCAUGGAAGGUAAGUUGGCUGGUGAUGAGCCUUACAGAUGAAGCUGUCAGUUUUGAGACUGAUCCAGAUGACAUAUCUGAUGAUGAUGAAAGAGUAGUUUAACAGAGAGUAAAAGCAAAAAGAAGGAAGGUGACAAACAGAGUUGUGUUUGAUAAAACCUCGAAGAAAAUAGUGUGGGAAACAAGCCUCCAAUUUGAAAGUGUUAAUGAAUUUAGAACUGCAGUUACCAAGUAUGCAGUCCAUAAGCAUGUUGCCAUUGAAAAUUGUAUUAAUGAACCUACAAGGGUAAGGGUUAGGUGUGUAGAGGGUUGUCCUUGGCUUUUAUUUGCUAGUCUUGACUCUAGGACUAACAACUUUGUGGUGAAGACCUAUAAUCCAAUUCACAUGUGUGACCCUACCAAUAGGAACAAGCUUUGCAAUACCAAAUUCUUAUCUAGUCACUAUAAUGAGAGAAUAAAGGAACAACCAAACAUUAGGAUUGAGUUUCAGCAGCUCAUUAAAAAGGAGUUGGAUCUUUAUGUUGGUAGAACUGUGUGUAAAAGAGCAAGAAACAAGGUUUUAGCUGAGUUGAUGGGUGACCAUGUUUUGGAGUUUGGGAGGAUUUUAGAUUAUAGAGACGAGUUGUUAAGAUCAAAUCCAGGUAGUACAUGUGUAGUUAGGCUUAGUGAUGAGACAUUUGAAGGUGGAAAAAAAUGUUUAGAGGAUUCUACAUAUGUUUUGAUGCAAUGAAGAAGUCAUAUUUAGCUGGUUGUAGGAAGUGCAUUGGUUUGGAUGGUUGCUUUUUAAAGGGAAUCUCAAAAGGUCAAUUACUUGUUGUUGUUUGUAAGGAUUUAAACAAUCAGAUGAUGCCACUGGCCUGAGUAGUAGUUGAGAUUGAGAACAAACACAAUUGGACUUGGUUUAUUAGAAUUUUAAAGGAAGAUCUUCAGCUGGGAGAUGGGACAGACAUUGCUGUUAUAACAGAUAUGCAGAAGGGUCUUGAAAGUGUCAUAAAAGAGCAGCUGCCCAAUGUUGAACAUAGAAUGUGUGCUAGGCAUGUUUUAGCCAAUUGGUCCCAAAAAUAAAGAGGCCACCAUCCACAAAUUUUACUGUUAUACCACCUGAAAUGAUGAAGAUGCCAGGCAGGCCUAAGACUGUUAGGAGGAAAGAGGCAAGUGAACCCAAAAAAACAGGAAAACUCUCCAAAAGGGGGGUUGAAAUGACAUGCAGUAAGUGUCAUACCCCAGGUCAUAAUAAAAGGAGAUGUCUUAGAGAGUUUACAAUUGCUGGCCCAAGUGCAAGUGCUUCUGCUGGCCCAAGUUCAGUUGCUGGCCCAAGUUCAGGUUCUGGCCCAAGAAAGGCACCUGCUCCAACUGGUAGAGGAUGGGGUAGGCCAAAGGGAUCAACUGAAAAGAUUGGUUCUACUAAAAGGCCAAAGAUAGUUGAAAUGGGAGUGUUGCACACACAAAGUGGAGCAACUAUCAUCAAUCCUGGAUUACCUAGUGAAAGGGUUCGAAACAUCAAAUCAAGUGCAGUUGUCACUGCUGAACUGUAGCACAAAGCAAGUGGUGGUGUGAAAUGGCAAGAAAGACAAGCUAUGACCUCCAGGCAGCUUCAACAAGGAAGGGACAAAAAUCAGAGUCAAACCAGGACUAAAGUUGUACAAAUGAGCCAAGGCAGCACCACUGCCUUGUGAAAUUGUCAAAGUAGUGGCUGCAUUGUGAAUUUGACCAUUCUAGCUUUACUUUAUGUUUUUGGCAGCUGUGACUGCUUUGUGAAUUUGUUUAUGUAGUUUUUUAAAUACUUUGUUUAGGCAGCUGUGACUGCAUUUGGUUGGGGUUAACUACAGGCAAAAUACAUCAAAUCUAUAUUUUGGGUACAGUUUAAGUUGUGAUUUGAUGUAUUUUGCCUUAACUAUAUGUAGUGGUUUGGUAGAUAUGACUGCAUUUAAAUUUGUUUUUGGCAGUUGUGACUGCACUUGAAUUGGCAGUUGUGACUGCAUUUAACGUUAGUUCUUGUCUAUGUAAAGUGACUCUCUUUUGAUCAAUGGUUAUGCAGUUGUGACUGCAUUUA